UUAUCUUUUCCGAGGACACAAUUUAAUGAAUGCACCGUAGGCGCGGUUUGUUUUCGCUAGUCUAGUUAGCCAACCAAUGAGCGUCUGGCGGGCUGAGUCAAAAUGGUUGUAAUGUUUGUAUCGCUGUCCUCCGUCGCUAUCAACAGCAGAUUGUUCAACUGACAUUUCACCAGACAGUUAGCUAUCUUGUUAACUGGUGUUUUACUUUCCAAACCAGUAGCCCAUCGCAAUUAAACUGGGAAAGUGUUUUCCAGACUAAUCGGAUAGUACUCAUUCGAUAGCUCUAACGUAAACCCAAAUUUAGCCAACCAGCAACGGGAGCUGGCUAGCUACUUAGCACUAAAACCUUUGAAGGUUGGCAGCUAAGUUAGUAUUCGUUUAAAUGUUGUGACAACUUCAACAGAAUAAAAUGAGUCUAUCAGUAAAGAAAAAGGUGGCAUCAAAUAAACGCCAUGCCUCUAAGGAUGCCAAACAAACAAGUCAUAGUGUCCGAAGGAAGAAGCACAGUAUGAUUGACUACAAAAUCCUUGCUGAGAGGAAUCCAUCAGUAAUGGCAGUAGGAGCAUGGGUGGAAAGUGUACAUGAAUGGCAAGAACAUCCAAAUGUUCUUGCUGUGCACACGGAAGAGCUGCAGGCGAGGAUUCUUCGAAAGAAGGAAGUUGAUUUGCUCAGAUUUCAAGAUGCUGUGCGCCGACGUGUGUCCCAGCAAGCCCAAAUCCGUCACAAACAACAAAUGCAGAGGUUUUGUGAAACGGAAGGGCAAGUGCUGCAGCAGACCAGCAACACCGCACAGCAUCUCAGCCCAAGGAGAAGCCCACACCCACCUUGGCCACCUGGGGAGUUGGCCAUCUGCUCUCCCAGAGCCCACUUGGUAAAGGCACAGGAAGUGGAGCCAAACGGUGAUGCUCACACAGACCAGCAAAGUCAGCAACUCAGCAAAGUGGUGAAGCUGGUCCGGCACAGACUAGCAGCCUGUAAAACAGUCAGAGAGGGCGAUGAAGUGUCUGAACUACCUGGGGGUUUGUGGAAAGUGUCCCCUACAAGAGAUAAGCAGGGAGCAUAUAGAGCACAUGCUUCAAGAGAGGAGGAGGAAAAUGAAGAGGAGGAAGAUGAGGAUAACGAUAAGGAUUCAAAGGAGGACGAGAUCUCACUGUUUGGACAACAUGAUCACCCGCUUUGUUUUCAAAAUCUUGCCACAUCCAAGGAAGACAAGGGCAAGACUGUCAGUUUCCACAAUACAGAGGCAUGCGAGAGAUUGCAGAGAGAACCCUACCCUACUGGUCCACGUACUAGCUUUAGGCCAGACUACCAAGCCUCCAAAGUGCUAUGGCCUUAUGGAGACCAGGAGGAACUUAAAAAACAGAAGCAGUCUCAGUUCCUAAUGUAUCGCCGCCUCUUCAUGGACAUAGAGAGGGAACAAGUGAAGGAGCACCAGCGCCACCAGAAUCAUUUAAGAAGAAUCGCAAGAAUAAAAGCUGAUAAAGAACGGCUGAGACAAGAGGAAGAGCAGAAGCUGGAAAGACUAAAGCUGCAAGAGGAACAGAACGCUGCGAUGGCUGAGAGGGAGUACCUCAUUCUGGAGCGUCUAAGGCUGGAGGAGGAGGACAGGGCAGACAGUGUGAAGGAGAAAGAGAAGGUCCAGAAAUGCAAAGAGGCCACAAGGUACAUUGAGGCCCUGAGGGCUCAGAUGAGGGAGAGAAUAACGCAGGAGAAAGUCGACCUGCCUGCCCUGUGCUGCUGUGGAGACAGCUUCUGGGACUCCCACCCGGACACCUGCGCCAACAACUGUGUUUUCUACAAAAACCCCAAAGCCUAUGCUCAGGCCCUGCAGUCUGUGCUGCAGAGCUGUGACCAGAGGGAGGGCAGCGCCGGCCACCGCGCAUCCACCCGCAGGGUAGCCUCCUUGUACGCCCUGUCCCCGCAGAAGUGAGGAGAUUUCUACCUGAUCCUUUUCUUACUUGAUAUCUAUUUAUGAAUAAACCAAAUGAGGCCCUGUGCCAUUUCACAUGAGUUUUGAUGAAGUAAAUGUUAAAGUUUUACACUAUGAGGAAGGCUUAUGUCAUCCAUGUUUUACACACUGGACUUUUGUUUUUACUUGAAAGAGACCUCUUGGUCAUUCCUGUUCGCUUUUGUAGUGUCUGUGUAUAAUGUAUCAGGGCACCUUUACUGUAAAUAUUUAAAGUAUGAAAUGCUUUUAUUGCAUAGGUUGAGUUUGCAUCACAGCAUACUAUCCCAUAUUGUUUCCUGUAUGUAUGCAUUCCCAUUUGUUUCUGUACAUUAUUUUGUUGUAGGGUGCCAUUAUAUUUGGACCCAGCAACACAUUUUAGGUAGGUAGGUAGGGGUAAAAUAAACUUCUUCACAUAUUCCCAUUCCUUCAGGGAUUUACAAUCUUACAAACACUAAAUUGUAGAUACAUGUGCUGCUUCAUAAUAAAAUUGAGAGGAGAAUGUAUGAUUGGUAUUGGCAGAAGACACAAGGUCUCAGAGGGAAUAUGGGAAGAGUUGGUCACCAUGAGCGCCUUCCCUGGGACAUGUUUAGUUUCUCAAGCAAAUUUGACAUAUAGCCAAGAUUGUCCGAUCUAUUCAGUUGUUGAACUACAGCAUAUAAUAAUGAAUCUUCCAAUUUGGGCAUUCCUGUUUUCAUUCUGUAUAUGGUGCCAUUAUGUAAUAAAGUUUUGAUGUAUACUUUGAUCAGCUACAUGAAAAUUCAAAUCCAAACUUUAGGUUUAUGUGAAGUGACAAACAGAUGUACUUGGCACACAGUCUGACACAAACAAAUUGAAAUCUUAUCACCAGAAGCAAUAGUGUGGCACUAAGGCCUACUGAACAUGACACUUAUUACCUAAAUCAUUUCUUGUAAUGUUUUAAAGGGUGGAUUGUUUCCAGUUUGGCAUGAAAGCAUCGUUCCAUUCAGGGAUCACUUUUGCUCUGUGCUCAGGGGCUCAUGGUCUUCCUUUUCUGGUAUAUUUCCUGUUUGUGAAGUGCAAUUUGUCAUUACUGUGAAAAUAAAUGUUUCCCUUUGCCUGUG